AGGCGGUUUGCUGGGAACAACUCUCGCAGUCUUCGCCACAGCUUCAUCGCGUCAACGAUUCUUCAGAUCGCUGUUCAUUUUGCAAGCAAAACUAGUUUAACUAAGAAACCCACUUCAUACGAGUUUGACCAAAAGUCCCCAGGACAACAAUGGCUACCGCCAUGGAUAUUACCUCGAUUGAUGCGACAACUAUUGACGAGAGUCUAUACUCUCGCCAGCUUUAUGUACUUGGACAUGAUGCCAUGAAGAAGAUGAGCACAUCUAACGUGCUUAUCAUCGGUUUAAAAGGCCUUGGUGUUGAGAUUGCAAAAAAUGUCAUCCUUGCUGGCGUCAAAUCGGUGACGUUGUACGACCCAAACCCUGUCCAGAUUGCGGAUCUGGCUUCACAGUUUUUCUUAUACAAUGAGGAUGUGGGAAAACCACGGGCCCAAGUCAGCUCCCCACGGUUAGCGGAACUCAAUACGUAUGUGCCGGUGUCUGUGCUGGAAGGUGACCUCACGGAGGAAGCACUUUCCAAUUAUCAGGUCGUCGUUUGCACGAAUAUGCCUUUGGAAAAGCAGCUGUUCAUUAACGAGAUUACGCACAAACGUGGGGCGGCAUUUAUUGCAGCAGAUGUACGGGGACUGUUCGGGUAUGCGUUCAACGAUUUUGGUGACGAGUUUGCAGUUGUCGAUCAAACAGGCGAAGAACCUGUUCAUGGCAUGAUCGCCGCAGUAUCCAAGGAUAAAGAAGGUGUCGUGGCGUGCUUAGAAGAAACUCGACACGGUCUCGAGGACGGCGACUGGGUCACCUUCACCGAAGUUGUAGGCAUGCCUGAACUCAACGGAAUAUCCCCGCGAGAAGUUAAAGUGACGGGUCCUUACACGUUCAGCAUCGGGGAUACCAGUAACUUUGGACAAUACAAAUCAGGGGGGGUCUUCACCCAGGUGAAAAAACCAAAGAAGCUUCAUUUUGAUUCCCUCAAAGAUUCUCUUGCAAAGCCGGAAUUUUUGAUAUCCGACUUUGCCAAGUUCGACCGGCCAGCGCAAUUGCACAUUGGAUUUCAAGCUCUUGAUGCAUUUGCUGCUAAGCAUAACGGUGAACUCCCUCGACCCCGCAACGAGCAGGAUGCGCUGGAAGUAUUGGCAAUUGCGAAAUCUAUCAACGAAAAGGCUAUGGAGCCCACCGAGUUGAAGGAUGAUCUUAUUAAAGAACUGGCGUACCAAGCACGUGGUGAUUUGGCCCCGAUGACUGCGGUUAUUGGAGGUCUUGUAGCUCAGGAAGUUUUGAAAGCAUGCAGCGGAAAAUUCCAUCCGAUCCACCAAUAUAUGUAUUUCGAUUCGCUGGAAUCCAUGCCUCAAAGCGUUACAUUAUCUGAGGAAGCGUGCAAACCGCGAGGCACACGAUACGACGGACAGAUCGCCGUCUUCGGCAUUGACUUUCAGAACACCAUCGCGAAUGCCCGAGAGUUUGUUGUUGGAGCUGGCGCUAUUGGAUGUGAAAUGCUGAAGAACUGGUCCAUGAUGGGUCUUGGGACAGGACCAAAAGGUCAAGUGUUCGUGACAGACAUGGACACAAUUGAGAAGAGCAACUUGAAUCGGCAGUUUCUCUUCCGGCCCUGGGACGUGUCUAAAUUGAAAUCUGAGACUGCCGCUGCUGCUGUGGAGCGAAUGAACCCGGAUGUUUCUGGCAAGAUUAAGGCCUUCCAAGAACGGGUGGGACCAGAGACCGAAAGUCUGUUUGAUGACGGAUUUUGGGAGUCUCUGACUGGAGUCACAAAUGCUUUGGACAAUGUUGAGGCGAGAAAAUAUGUCGACCGCCGGUGCGUCUAUUUCCGGAAACCUUUACUCGAAUCCGGGACUCUCGGAACAAAAGGCAACACGCAGGUUGUCAUCCCAUUCCUUACCGAGUCCUACUCGUCUUCGCAAGACCCACCAGAAAAAUCCAUUCCCAUUUGCACCCUCAAAAACUUCCCGAAUGCUAUUGAGCAUACCAUUCAGUGGGCUCGUGAUAUGUUUGAGGGUCUAUUCAGACAACCAGCAGAGAACGUGAACAUGUAUCUCAGUCAAAACAACUACAUUGAAACUACCUUGAGCCAGGGAGGCAACCAGAAGGAAAACAUCGAGAGUAUCUACAACUUCCUCGUAGCACAGAAACCAACGCUGUUUGAGGAGUGCAUCGCUUGGGCUCGCCUAAAAUUUGAAGAGCUGUACACCAACACCAUAAAGCAGCUACUUUUCAACUUCCCAAAAGAUGCUGUUACAUCUAGUGGCACUCCAUUCUGGUCCGGGCCAAAAAGAGCCCCGGAUCCAGUUAUUUUCGAUCCGGAGAACCCUCUUCAUAUGGACUUCGUUGUCACCGCUGCUAACUUGCAUGCAUUCAAUUAUGGCAUAAAAGGUCGAGUUGAUCAGGAGUAUUUCAAAGAGGUCUUGAAAUCCGUCAACGUCCCCGAGUUUGUUCCACGAUCAGGAGUGAAGAUCCAAGUGCAGGAAAAUGAGGCUGUUCAAACCCAGAACACAGACCGAUCUGAACUCGAUGAACUCAUCAAAGCCCUGCCUCCACCUUCGAACCUCGCUGGACUGCGGUUAAAGCCUGUCGAGUUUGAGAAAGACGACGACACGAAUUUCCACAUUGAUUUUAUCACAGCGGCUUCAAACCUGCGCGCGACCAACUACGGUAUUACUCUCGCGGAUCGUCACAAGACAAAAUUCAUUGCUGGCAAGAUUAUUCCCGCCAUUGCUACCACUACAGCGUUAGUAACGGGUCUUGUGUGUCUGGAGCUCUACAAGGUGCUCGAUGAUAAGAAGAAAUUGGAUGAUUACAAAAACGGAUUCAUCAACCUUGCUCUGCCGUUCUUCGGCUUUUCGGAGCCAAUCGCUGCUCCUAAGCUGAAAUACUACGACUCCGAAUUCAGUCUCUGGGAUCGAUUCGACGUCGAAGGUGACAUUACUCUGCAAGAGCUGAUUAAUUGGUUCCAACAAAAGCACGAAUUGGAAGUUACCAUGCUGUCAUGUGGAGCCAGCAUGCUUCACGCUUCCUUCAUGCCUAAGAAAGAGCGCCUGUCCAUGCCGAUAUCGAAAUUGGUCGAGACUGUUUCCAAGAAGCCUAUCGCGCCACAUGUCAAGGCACUCAUCUUGGAGGUUUGCGUGAAUGAUCGGGAAGGCGAAGAUGUGGAAGUUCCAUAUGUGCGUGUCGUAAUUAGACCGUGAAGAAUGUCGACGCCAAGGAAGCAUUACUAUUCCUAGAGUCUACAUAGUCUGGUAGCGAUACAUUCAAAAUCUGUUAUUGUGAGAAAGUUUAGCAGUCCAAUGAUAUCUGAAUUGCCAAAUAUGUAAUGCAUAGAUGAUGUUUCUGCGACAGAGUUCAACAGAGUCUUUCAAUUGCGUAACGUUAUAUAUAGCGUAGAAACGGAA